AUGGCUCCAGUAUAUACCAACUCCAACGGUUGCCCCAUCAAUGAACCAUUUGCUACGCAAAGGGUAGGAAAGCACGGUCCAUUGUUAUUGCAAGAUUUCAAUUUGAUCGACUCUUUAGCACACUUUGACCGUGAAAGAAUUCCGGAAAGAGUUGUCCACGCUAAAGGUUCCGGUGCCUACGGUGUCUUUGAAGUUACCGAUGACAUCACUGAUGUGUGUGGUGCCAAGUUUUUGGAAUCUGUUGGAAAGAAGACCAAGAUUUUUACUAGAUUCUCCACUGUCGGUGGUGAAAACGGUUCCGCUGAUACUGCCAGAGAUCCAAGAGGGUUCUCCACCAAGUUCUACACCGAAGAAGGUAACUUAGAUCUUGUUUACAACAAUACCCCAGUUUUCUUCAUUAGGGACCCAUCUAAGUUCCCACAUUUCAUCCACACCCAAAAGAGAAACCCAGAAACUCACUUGAAAGAUCCUAACAUGUUCUGGGAUUACUUGACUUCUAAUGAGGAAUCUGUCCACCAAGUUAUGAUUCUUUUCUCUGACCGUGGUACCCCAGCUUCUUACAGAGAAAUGCAUGGUUACUCUGGUCACACUUACAAGUGGUCUAACAAGAAGGGUGACUGGUACUACGUCCAAGUUCACUUUAUCUCUGACCAAGGUUUCAAGACCUUGAAUAACGAAGAAGCUGGCGAAUUAGCUGGCUCUAACCCGGAUUACGCCCAAGAAGACUUAUUUAAGAACAUUGCCAAGGGAAACAACCCAUCAUGGACUUGUUACAUUCAAACCAUGACUCAGGAACAAGCCAAGCAGGCUCCUUUCUCAGUUUUCGACUUGACCAAGGUCUGGCCAAAGAAAGACUACCCUUUGAGAAGAUUUGGUAAGUUCACCUUGAACGAAAACCCAAAGAAUUACUUUGCUGAAGUUGAACAAGCUGCCUUCUCUCCAGCUCACACUGUUCCAUUCAUGGAACCAUCUGCUGAUCCAGUCUUGCAAUCCAGAUUAUUCUCAUAUGCUGACACCCACAGACACAGAUUAGGUGUCAACUACACUCAAAUACCAGUUAACUGUCCAGUUACUGGAAGAGUUUUCAACCCACACAUGAGAGAUGGUGCCUUCCAAGUUAAUGGUAACUUAGGAGCUCAUCCAAACUAUUUAGCUACUGACAAGCCUGUUGAAUUCCAAACCAACUUCAAGUUACAAGAAGAACAAGAAGUUUGGGAAGGUUCUGCUUGUCCAUUCCACUGGAAGGCUCAACCUGAAGAUUUCAUCCAAGCAACCAAUUUGUACAAGACUUUGGAAAGAUAUCCAAAUGCUCAAAAGAACUUGGCCCACAAUGUUGCAGUCCAUGCUUCUGGAGCCAACCCAGAUAUCCAAGACAGAGUUAUCAACUACUUUGGUAAGGUCAAUGGAGAAUUAGGUGCAGCCAUCAAGAAGGAAAUUUUGGAAUUAUCUCCAAGAAAGUAA